CUCGGUAUAUAAGGUUCACCUGGAAACACCGCACAGUGUUAGUCAACACAAACCGAAUCUAAAGUUCAAACAGACAGGGGCCCGAAGCCAACACAGCAUGAAUCAUCAAUUUCCAUAUUCCACUUUCUUCAUCAUAAUCUCUUAAAACUCUCAAAUUUAAUGCCCCUUUUCGUUUUUUUAGAGGAAAAAUUCCAUCUCUUCUUCGAUUUUGUACGUGGGUUUGAUGUUUUCUGUUGUUCGAUCCCCUUUUUUUUCCCAACUUGAUAGCAGUUUUAUCAUCAUAAUUUCUGAAAUUUUGCUGUACCUUUUGGUUUGUUAGAGGAAAAAUUCGAUCUUCUCUCUUCGAUUUUGUACGUGGGAUUUGUAUUUUGUGUUGUUCAACCUGAUAGCAUUUUCAUCAUCUUAAUCUCUUAAAUUUACUGGUCAUUUUGGUUUGUUAGAGGAAAAACGAUUGAUUUUUGUGUUCGAUUUUGAACGUGGGGUUGGCUAUUUUCGUGCUUAUUUCUCCUGUUUUUCGAUCCCCUUUUUUGUUAACUUGAUAGCAGUUAAUUAACCGCACCUGUUUUUGUUUUUUUUUCAGUUUCGAAUUUGAUUUCCUGCUUUCGUUCGUGCAGUUUCUUAAUCAUUAUCUCUUGAAACUCUGAAAAGAUCGUUUCUUUUCGUCGUAUUUGUACGUGGGGUUUGGUAUUUCGUGCUUAUUUCUCCUGUUCUUCGAUCCCCUUUUUGUCAACUUGAUAUCAGUUAAUUAACCGCGCCUGGGGUUUCAGUUUCGAAUUUUAUUUCCUGUUUUCGUUCAAUCUAUCGGUCAAUUUGAAAGGAAAGAAGGAAAUAGAUUUCGAGAUCGAUGGUGAAGGAGACUGAAUAUUAUGACAUUUUGGGGGUUAGCCCUACUGCUACUGAACCUGAGAUCAAGAAAGCAUACUACAUUAAGGCACGGCAGGUUCAUCCUGAUAAAAACCCAAAUGACCCUCUAGCUGCACAGAAUUUUCAGGUGUUGGGAGAGGCUUAUCAGGUACUGGGCGAUCCAUCUCAACGAAAAGCUUAUGAUGCACAUGGAAAAUCAGUAAUUUCAACAGAUGCAAUCAUUGAUCCUGCUGCAAUUUUUGCUAUGCUUUUUGGAAGUGAACUUUUUGAGGAGUACAUAGGUCAGCUUGCUAUGGCAUCAAUGGCUUCAUUGGAUAUUUUCACUGAAGGUGAAGAUUUUGAUGCUAAAAAGUUGCAAGAGAAAAUGAGGGUUGUUCAGAGGGAGAGGGAAGAAAAACUUGCUGAAACUUUGAAGGACCGUCUCAAUCUAUAUGUACAAGGAAAUAAAGAGGACUUUGUUCGUCAUGCAGAAGCUGAGGUGUCAAGGCUUUCAAAUGCAGCUUAUGGUGUUGAUAUGUUAAACACAAUUGGAUACAUAUAUGCAAGACAGGCAGCGAAAGAGCUUGGAAAGAAGGCAUUAUAUUUGGGUGUACCUUUUAUUGCUGAGUGGUUCAGAAACAAAGGCCAUUUUAUCAAAUCCCAAGUAACGGCUGCAACAGGUGCAAUUGCUUUGAUUCAGCUGCAAGAGGACAUGAAAAGGCAGCUCAGUGCAGAAGGAAAUUACACUGAGGAAGAACUUGAGGAGUAUAUGGAAUCCCACAAGAAGCUAAUGAUUGAUUCCCUCUGGAAGCUUAAUGUAGCAGAUAUUGAAGCCACUCUUUCUCGUGUUUGUCAAAUGGUUCUACAAGACAACAACGUAAAGAAAGAAGAGCUUCGUGUUCGUGCCAAGGGGUUGAAGACUCUCGGCAAAAUUUUUCAGAAGGUGAAGUCAGUCAAUGAAGCCGAAACUACAGAAAACGAUGUCCACAAGUUGGACGGAAAUGAACCGAGCCACGACUCUCGUUCUUCAACUGCAUCAGUACAGUAUCAAAAUAAAGAAGAGGUGCCUCAUACAGUAUUUGCAUCACAGACCCCCACCCGCCCACCUUUUCUUCAGGACGAAUACUCAAUUUUAUGUGCUUCUCAAAUGUCAAAGUGAAAUAGUGAAUGCAUCACCACAGCAUAUGCAGUAGUGUCAACUUCUCACCAAAAGCAUCUUUACUUUCCACAUCCUGUGAUAUACCUAUUCCUUUGCUGAGAAACAAACGAAAUGACCAACCUCUAUUGGUAUCCUCGGUACUUCCUUAUACAUCAAUGGCCUCACUUCUGCCUUUUAAAAAAAGAUCCUAUGGUAAGCGAGCAGUGUAGCUUGGACUUGGAAGAGAUGAGAGUGUUUUUCACCUUCUGUAUUGUUAGCUUGGACUUGGAAGAGACGGAGUGUUUUGCACCUUCUCUAGACUUUAACAACUCCCUAACUUGGGGAUUGUUAUACUUGAAAGGACAUCUAUUUUCUUCUUAUUAGAGAUUCGAAGGAACUAGUGGAAAGUAGAUUUUCUUCUUGGGAAUUGCUAAUUGCAAGUGCAGCUUAGAGGGAGAAAGAGAUUUACUUGUCAUGUGUCGCACGUCAGUGUCAUGAGGCACUCUUAGACAUUGAUGCAAGGGCAGAAAAGGAUUCAGCGGAACAGGUUUCUCCUGACUUAUUUCCUUUCAUCUUUUUGGAGUUGAGUUUGUAGAACAGUUUAAGAUUAAAAACCUUUGGCUCUAUCCAUGCAUUCGCUGGAUGACAAUAUCAUUAGGAGAUGGUAGAGUGAUUAAGAAUCGGGUGGAGGAGAGUAUUCUUGCACACUGUUUGUGUUAAUCUUAAUUUCCUUUUCUUUUUCUUUCUUUUCAGUAAUUUCCUUCUUCUUUUAGUGUUGUCAAGAGGAAUAUAUUGUGUUUUACUUCUGCCAAAACAAUAAAAGGAAGGUAUUCCGCUGUAAUGAGUAUAGUGGCUAUUCUAGGAAAUGUUCUAACUUCUAAGAUUCAUUUCAAAUGAAGCAAAGAUCAUGUCAUGGUCUUUUUCCAUUGUCUUAACUAUUUGAGCAAUUUAUUAAUUCACAUUC